AUCGACUAAGAUUUCUUUCUUAUAAAAUUGUUGAAACUAAAGGGGUUGGAACCUCUCUUCUUAUUCCAGCCCUUUCUUAAUAAUUUUUUUUUGUUGGUCACAACUCCAUUUCUUUCUUAUUCGAAAAUAUAGAAUCUAAGGGCUAUUUUUUUUUUCCUUUUAUUAUCUUUUUCAAAAUCCUGAUCGAGUAAUACUUUCAGAUUUUUAUUAACUUUUAUAAAUUCUUUCAAAUCUUCAUAGAAUUGAAUGCCCCUAGAUUUUAUAUAUGAAUUCUUAUUAACUUUUAUAAACCUUUUUGAAUUUUUAUUAACUUUUAUAAACCUUUUUGAUCUUUUAAAUGAGUAUCUCUAGAUUUUUUUAUAGUGUCAUUUAAAAUCCUAGAUUUUCAAAACGCUUUUAAUUUUUUUAUAAAUUCAUUCGAUCCGGUAUUAAAAGUGUGCGAACAAUAAAAGAAAAUGAGAUGUGUGUAGAUAACACACUUUUAAUUUUGAAUAUUUGCCGGUAUAAAUAAAGAACCAAUACCACCAAUUUCAUUCCCUCAACCCUUGUCAUUGGCUUUCAUAGCGAUUGCUUGACUGUUGAACACAACAAACACCUUCACGUUAAUCCCCCCCCCCCUCUCUCUCUCUCUCUCUCUCUCUCUCUCUCUCUCUCUACAUUUCUCGAUUGAAGAAACCCAAUUGGAUUCAGGCGUUUAAUUUCCUGUGAUGGAAAAUCAGCAGCAGAUUGCAAAGGAAUCGAGAUUCAGGCGUAUCUGCGUUUUCUGUGGCAGCAGUGCUGGCAAGAACCCGAGCUACCAGCUUGCUGCCGUUCAACUCGGCAAAGAAUUGGUUGAAAAACACAUUGACUUGGUUUAUGGAGGAGGAAGCAUUGGGUUGAUGGGUCAGAUCUCUCAAGUUGUCUAUGAUGGCGGCCGCCACGUGUUGGGAGUAAUUCCCACAACCCUCAUGCCAAGAGAGAUCACAGGAGAGUCAGUGGGAGAAAUAAGAGCUGUAUCAAGCAUGCAUCAACGCAAAGCAGAAAUGGCUCGCCAAGCUGAUGCAUUCAUUGCCUUGCCAGGUGGCUAUGGGACCUUGGAAGAACUGUUGGAAAUGAUCACUUGGGCACAGUUGGGAAUCCAUGAUAAGCCGGUGGGGUUGUUAAAUGUGGAUGGAUACUACAACUCACUGCUAUCGUUCAUAGACAAGGCUGUGGACGAAGGUUUCAUUGACCUUGCAGCUCGUCAUAUUAUUGUCUCUGCCGAAACUCCCUGCGAACUCAUGUGCAAACUAGAGGAAUAUGCUCCAGAGCAUUCCGGGCUGAGUUGGGAGAUGGAGCAACAACUGGAAUACAAGGCAAAGUCAGACAUUGCACGUUGACCAGAACAGGAUCUAUCAUAUCGUCGUGGAGGAUUAAUGACCGUUAGAUUAAUUCACCGAUUUAAUUUCUGAAAAAUACACAGAAUUAUGUAAAAGCUGUCAACCAUUGGUAGAUGUGAGCUCCAAUAGAAAAGUGCCAACAACACAGUUGUUUUACAUACCUGUGGAUCAUGCUUUUGGAUUUCAUUUUUUCUUUUUCUUUUUUAAUAAUUUUUUUGAGAAUUAUUUAUUAUUUAUGCUAAUUAGAGUCUGACCUGGGUCACAAUACCUGCGAUUUGAUCACUAGGUCUUCA